GUGCGCCAAGUAUUAUUUGCGGUGCGCGCAGCAGGGCCCUUUUUUUUAGUUAUUCUUGGUUUUAGUUAGAGCAAUUACUAUAAUUAAAAACAGAGGGCAGAGCACCAAAAUUGAAAUCAAUCCUAAGCAUCGUCAGUUAAGUUUGUCAGUAGAUUCUUCUUCCAACAUCGACCGAAGGACCGAGUCGACUCAGACGAGGGACGAGCCAAGUCAGCCAACGACUGCACGUCUGUACCGUUUACAGUGUCCUGUCCCUGGGGCCCUGCAGUCACGGCUUAUCUCGGGUAUGGCGUUGCACUGCGACUUAUUUUUUUCACCUUUUAUGCGCUUCAUUUUAUAUUUUCAGUUGGAGCUAAUACGCGGGGUUUCUGAUUGAAUUAAUUUUUCGCGCUCUUACGAAUUAGGUCUUGAAUGCUGGGGAAUUUGGAGGUGAAGUGAAGCUGUGCGGGGGCUAAGACUCGUGCUCUUGGUCCCCUGCGAAUAUGGAUAUUUAGUUGUAAGCGUUUCGUGAUUCUGAUUCAGAGAAAAUGAGCUGCAGACUUGAGAGCCCAUUCAUUGCUUGCCAAUUUACCCGUGAUUUAUAUGGAGUGAAAAGGGGGAGAUUGUGUUAUAGAGGUGGAGCCAGGAUACUGAAAAGGGAUAUUUGCAAAUGUAAAUGCUCAAAGAAAGAUAACUGGAUAUCUAAAGGGGUAAACUUCACCCAUUCUUUAGAGAGAAAUGCUCAAUUGCUAUGGAAGAAGUUUGCACUCAGAAGCUGGAGAUUGAUGUAUUCGGUUAAACAACCUUUAGUUCAAAGUAGGAGUUUCGUGAAAUGGAUGGUUCGUGUAUGGGAUGAAGGAUUACUUCUUGUGCGCUGUUCUGUCUUUUUUACGGUGAUAUCUGGAGUUUGCCUACUGCUUUGGUAUGGUCAGAGAAAAGCCAAGAGCUAUGUUGAAAACAAUCUUCUGCCUUCUAUUUGUGUAUUAUUGAGUGAUUACAUUCAGCGUGAUCUGGAUUUUGGUAGGGUGCGGAGAAUUUCACCAUUAAGCAUGACAUUGGAGUCAUGCUCUAUUGGUCCCCAUAGUGAAGAGUUUUCCUGUGGCGAGGUUCCAUCUGUCAAGUUACGAAUUCUGCCAUUUGCUAGUUUGAGAAAUGGAAAGAUUGUUAUUGACGCAGUCUUAUCAAAUCCAAGUGUUCUGGUAGCACAAAAAAAGGAUUUCACUUUCUUGAGUAUACCCUUUUCUGAAGGAAGUCAACAGAGGCAUUUGUCUGACGAAGAAGGAAUUGAUUACCGUACAAAAACUAGGAGGAUUUCCAGAGAGGAAGCGGCUGCUUGCUGGGCCAGGGAUAGGGACAAUGCAGCUAGGGAAGCAGCUGAGAAUGGUUAUGUUCUUCGUGAAAGGGUUUCUUGUUUGUCAGAGGGCGACUUCACCAAUGGUGGUGUUAGUUCUUCGGAAAAAUUGGCAGCAUCUGAGUCGUUCUUUUGUAUGGAUGAGAAACUGCACUGGAAAGAUCAUCAUUCUUUGGACACUGUAGGGGAGUAUGUUAUGAAACAUUCAGAUCUCGAGAAGGCUUUUGGUGCUAAAGUUCUUCCUUCAGGGACUACAUUUUGGUCUCGAAUCAUGCCUGCUGUUAUGAGGCAUAAUUUCAAGAAGUGUAAUAAAAAAGAGUUAACCGCAGCUAAUAUUGCAGCUAAAAAAAGAAUCUUAGAGCGAAGUGCUUCGACCGCUCGCAUAUAUUAUCAAGCUCUAUCCAAUGGUACCAGCGGAAAUGCUUCUCAAUCUCCUGGAGAUCUUGAAGUGAAAAGUGAGGCCAAAAGUGAUGAGGACAAGGAAACUGUGAUUUCACCAGUGCACGAUGCUGAAGGGAACAAAGUUAAUGAUGAUACAACAUUUGAAUCAUUCGUGCAUGAUUCUAUGAGCAAGGGAGUCGGGGAACUUGGGCAAAACUUCAAAAGUGAACGUAUCACUGUGAAAUUUCCUGGAAACUUUUUCCCAGGAGAAAAACAUGACAGUAGUUACAUUGGUAGUAUACCGUUCUUGUACGAUCCAUUUCUUUUUACGUUGACUAGACUGUGCGAGACUACAAAUCUUUGUGAAAAACUAUCAUCCAUGAAGGAUGUUACCGGGAUUAAUGAGACCAAUGAGGGUGAUAUAAAUGCUAAAGAAUCAGAAGCUCAUAUCAUAAAUGGAGAUGAUAGUAGCCAUAGUACAAAGCAGAAAUCUGAAUUAUCUACUGACUUGAUGCAGGAGACUUGCUCUGAUCUUUCAGAUAGUCAAAGAGACCAUCCUUCUAAUGACUCAACUUUCACUCUCUUUAAUUCUUUUCCUCUCAAGCACUGCCCUGAAAAGGUUGGGCUGUUCAGCCUAAAAUCUGUACUGCACAACAUGACUCUGGCUUUGAGUCUUUUGAUUGGUAAUCCUAUUAAAAGAAUGGAGUUGUACAUGAAUCCAAGAAAUGGUUUUUCUGAACUUGAAAAGGAUGUUGAAGAAGAUGUGGUCAACAUAGAAAGAGCAAUUCCAGUAAUUUUGGAUUCUGUUCAUUUCAAGGGUGGCACCUUAAUGUUGCUCGCAUAUGGUGAUACUGAGCCAAGAGAGAUGAAAAAUGCCACUGGGAGUGUCAAGUUUCAAAAUGACUAUGGUCGCGUGCAUGUACAACUCAGUGGUGGGUGUAUGAUGUGGAGAGAGAUGACACCCGAAGAUGGUGGCUGGCUUUCAUGUGACGUUUAUGUGGAUAUGCGUGAGCAGAGAUGGCAUGCAAAUCUGAAACUUGCAAACUUCUUUGUUCCGCUUUUUGAGAGAAUUUUGGAAAUCCCGAUUACAUGGUUUAAGGGAAGAGCAAACGUGAUGUGUUAUGGCUGAUAGAAUUCUAGUCAUCCAGUGGUACAUUGCAAUUUGUAUAUCUAAAUAUGUAUGCCUGACCAUUCCUUAUUCACGGUUCAUGCGACUCAUGCCUAAUUUACUACCUUAUCGGAUUCUGGAUUUCUUGACAGGUUCACAUAUGCAUGUCAAGAGGAGAGAACUUUCCUAAUCUACACGGGCAGCUUGAUGUAUCUGAGUUAGCAUUUCAGAUAUAUGAUUCUCCAUCAGGGUUUUCAGACAUAUCUGCAAAUUUAUGCUUUCGUGCUCAACGAAUAUUUUUACACAACACCAAUGGUUGGUUUGGAGAUAUUCCUUUAGAAGCUUCUGGAGACUUUGGCAUUGACCCAGAGGAAGGAGAGUUCCACCUUAUGUGUCAGGUUCCUAAUGUCGAAGUAAAUGCAUUGAUGAAAACUUUCAAAAUGAAGCCUUUAUUGUUUCCGAUAGCUGGUUCCGUAACAGCUGUAUUCAAUUGUCAAGGUCCCUUGGACGCACCAAUUUUCGUAGGGAGUGCAUUAGUUUCUAGAAAAGUUACAUAUUUGCCCAACCAACUUCCCGUGUCCAUUGCAUAUGAGACUGUGGCUAAAAAUAAAGAGGCUGGGGCUGUUGCUGCAAUGGAUCGUGUUCCCUUUUCGUACAUCUCAGCCAAUUUUACUUUUAACACUGACAACUGUGUUGCUGACUUGUAUGGAAUCAGAGGCAGCCUUGUUGAUGGGGGUGAAAUCCGUGGCGCAGGGAAUGCAUGGAUUUGCCCAGAGGGUGAAAUCGAUGAUACUGCAAUUGAUGUAAACUUUUCAGGAAGUUUAAGUUUUGAUAAUAUCAUGAAUCGCUAUGUCCCUGGUUUUCUUCAAGUGACACGUCUUCGGCUAGGUCUUCUAAAUGGGGAAACAAAGCUUUCUGGCUCAUUAUUCAAACCAAGGUUUGAUAUCAAAUGGAAUGCACCAAAAGCUGAUGGAUCACUCACUGAUGCUCGUGGAGAUAUCAUACUUUCUCAUGAUUGUAUUACUGUCAGCUCUUCGUCGAUAGCUUUUGAAUUGUAUUCAAAAGUAUUAACGUCUUAUCCAGACAAAUAUUGGUUAGAUCCCAGGGAAAAUGAUGAGAAGACUGCCCUGCCUUUUGUUGUGGAAGGACUAGAAUUAGAUUUACGAAUGCGCAAUUUUGAAUUCUUCAGCUCAGUCUCUUCUUAUGCUUUUGACUCUCCAAGGCUGGUGCAUUUGAAAGCAACUGGAAGGGUUAAGUUUCGAGGAGAAGUUGUGAACUGUUGGAAUGCUACUGAUGAGAAAUUAUCCAAUAGGAGUGCAGGACAUGUAAAUAAGGAUGACCAUGGUUCACAUAUUCUUUCUGGCGAUGUUUCAAUUUCAGGUCUUAAACUUAAUCAAUUAAUGCUGGCACCUCAGUUAACUGGAGUCUUGAGCAUGACAAAUGAGGUUUUGAAGUUGGAUGCCAUAGGUAGACCAGACGAAAGUCUUGCACUGGAGAUCAUAGGACCCUUUCAGCCUCUUUCAGAAGAAAAUGUUAUUGGCAAGUCGUUCUCGCUUUCCCUCCAAAAAGGGCAUCUAAAAACCAAUGUGUGCUACCAACCACUACAUUCAGCUAAUCUGGAGGUACGGAAUUUGCCUUUGGAUGAGCUUGAGCUUGCUUCAUUGAGGGGAACAAUUCAAAGGGCAGAACUUCAGCUUAAUUUCCAGAAACGAAGAGGUCAUGGUUUGCUGUCAGUUCUGCGUCCAAAGUUUAGUGGGAUGUUGGGUGAAGCUCUAGAUGUGGCCGCUAGAUGGAGUGGAGAUGUAAUUACCAUUGAGAAAACUAUUUUGGAACAAAGCAACAGCAAGUAUGAGCUUCAGGGUGAAUACGUAUUGCCUGGAUCCCGAGACCGAAGCUCAUCUGGAAAGGAUGGAGGUAGUUUAUUUCAUAGGGCAAUGACGGGCCAUCUAGGUAGUGUAAUAUCUUCCAUGGGAAGAUGGCGAAUGAGACUAGAGGUUCCAAAAGCUGAGAUUUCAGAGAUGCUUCCACUGGCACGCCUUCUCUCUCGAAGUUCAGACCCUGCUGUUCAAUCUCGAUCAAAGGACCUUUUUAUCCGAAGUUUGCAAUCAGUGGGACAAUAUGCAGAAAGCCUGCAAAGUCUGCUGGAGGAAAUUCAUGUUCUUUUUACCCCCUCAGAUGAAGUUGUCCUUGAAGACUUCAGCCUUCCAGGAUUGGCUGAACUCAAAGGUCGCUGGUGUGGUUCUUUAGAUGCAAGUGGAGGAGGCAACGGAGACACAUUAGCAGAGUUUGACUUUCAUGGGGAAGAAUGGGAGUGGGGAACUUAUAAGACACAGCGUGUUCUAGCAGCUGGUGCAUACAGCAAUGAAGAUGGUUUGCGGCUAGAGAGAAUCCUUAUCCAGAGGGAUAAUGCCACAAUACAUGCUGAUGGGACCUUGCUUGGGCCAAAGACCAAUAUGCAUUUUGCUGUUCUGAACUUUCCUGUUAGUUUGAUUCCUACAUUGGUUCAGGUCAUUGAAACUACAGCCACUGAAGCUGUUCAUUCUCUGCGGCAGUUUUUAGCACCAAUAAAGGGUACACUGCAUAUGGAAGGGGAUCUUAGAGGAAGUCUUGCUAAACCAGAAUGUGAUAUACAAGUAAGGCUUCUUGAUGGUGCCAUUGGUGGAGUUGAUCUUGGGCGAGCUGAAAUUGUUGCUUCCUUAACUCCUGCAUGUCGUUUCCUGUUCUAUGCUAAACUUGCACCAACCAUACAAAAUGGCCAUGUCCACAUUCAAGGAAGUAUUCCUGUAACCUUUGUCCAAAACAAUGUUUUAGAAGAAGAAAAUUCAGGAACUGUAAAAAAUGAAGUGAUAUCGAAACGAUAUUGGGGUACAGAUAAGAGUAUAGGCAUUACAGGUGAAGGUAUUGAUAGAAGGGGGUCUAGAGAGAGAGGUGGGGAGGGUUGGGAUAUUCAGAUGACAGAAAACCUCAAGGGUUUGAACUGGAAUGUACUAGAUACAGGAGAAGUAAGAAUAGACGCUGAUAUUAAAGAUGCUGGCAUGAUGUUGUUAACUGCUCUGUCUCCUUACGCCAACUGGCUACAAGGCAGUGCUGAAGUUAUGCUCCAGGUUAGUGGAACAGUUGAACAGCCAGUACUUGAUGGAUCUGCAUCAUUCCACAGGGCAACUAUAUCUUCACCUGUGCUUCGAAAACCACUUACCAACCUUGGUGGUUCUGUUCUUUUGAAAUCAAAUAGACUGCACAUCAGUUCUUUGGAGGGCAGGGUAAGCAGAAAAGGGAAACUGUCAUUGAAGGGUAAUUUGCCUCUCAGAACAGGUGAAAUAGCAGCUGAUGAUAAAAUCAACCUAAAAUGUGAAGGCUUGGAAGUACGAGCCAAAAAUAUCUUAAGUGGUCAGGUUGACACUCAAAUGCAAAUAAGGGGGUCCAUAUUGCAACCUAACAUUUCUGGAAAGAUAAAACUAAGUCAAGGUGAAGCAUACCUACCACAUGACAAGGGCAGUGGAACUGCUCUUAAUAGAGGCACAUCGUAUCAUACAAGGCUUCCUGAUGAUGCUUACAAUCGUUUAGUUGUGUCAAAGUAUGUUUCACGAUUUUUUAAUCUAAAGCCGGCUGCGUCCAACCUCCAGCUUCAUCAAUCAUCAGGUAAACAUCUUGAAGAUGAUAACAGCAUGGUGAAAAUAGACAACAACCCUAAACUUGAUGUCCGCCUUUGUGAUUUGAAGCUUGUUUUGGGACCAGAACUGAGGAUAGUCUAUCCUUUAAUUCUCAAUUUUGCUGUCAGCGGAGAGCUUGAGUUAAAUGGUGUUGCUCAUCCAAAAUGGAUAAAACCCAGAGGAAUUCUGACCUUUGAGAACGGUAAUGUGAAUCUUGUCGCUACUCAGGUGAGGCUUAAGCGUGAUCAUCUGAAUAUAGCAAAGUUUGAGCCUGAUAAUGGACUUGAUCCAAUGCUGGACUUAGCUUUGGUUGGUUCAGCGUGGCAAUUCAGGAUCCAAAGUAGGGCUAGCAAAUGGCAGGACAAAAUAGUUGUCACAUCAACGCGCUCUGUGGAACAAGAUGUCCUGUCACCUUAUGAGGCUGCAAGAGUAUUUGAAAGCCAAUUAGCUGAAUCCAUCUUAGAAGGUGAUGGCCAGCUCGCUUUGAAGAAGCUUGCUACUGCAACGCUGGAGACAUUGAUGCCUAGGAUUGAAGGGAAGGGCGAAUUUGGACAGGCUAGAUGGAGGCUUGUUUAUGCGCCUCAGAUUCCGAGCUUGCUGUCUGUCGAUCCCACUGUUGAUCCUCUAAAAUCUUUAGCCAACAAUAUUUCUUUUGGUACUGAGGUUGAAGUACAACUGGGGAAACGCCUUCAGGCAUCUGUGGUUAGACGGAUGAAGGAUUCAGAAAUGGCAAUGCAGUGGACUUUGAUCUACCAACUCACAAACCGUCUGCGUCUACUCCUACAAUCUGCUCCACACAAGCGUCUGCUAUUUGAGUAUUCAACCACAUCACAAUAAUAGGCAAACUUAGAUGUCACAUGGUACACAAUUAUGUUUUAAGGUAUAUUCUUUUAGAAAUGUGCUAGUAAAUGAGAUCGGAAAAGAAAGUAUAGAUCAAUGGUGUGUUUUAUCUUUUAGUUUGUUUCCUGCAGACCCUGUGAUGCCCGACCCCAAAUCUUUAAGGUCUAAAGGGCUGUCCUACACAAUGUAGUGGAUAAUGAGCACAUUAGUUGUUCUUUUUAAGCCCUAGUUAUGUAAAUAGCAUCACUAUUAUUCUUGUUCGAUUUGGUGCUCAAAUAAGAAUAAACAUGUUAAUAGUUCUUUCGCUAAAUUUGUUUUCAUAUUUUGAUGCUCCAGCUUUG